UUAAUAGUAAUAAAGCCAAAGAUAAAGUACUGUGAUCACAAUAUCUUCUUUCUGACUUUUCAGCUUCUGGAUGGCCGAAAUACAAAGACACUGAAUAUCCAAUGGCUGAGAGCUCAGAUUGGUAUCGUCUCACAAGAACCAAUCCUGUUUGACUGCACCAUUGCUGAAAAUAUUGCGUAUGGGGACAACAGUCGGGAGGUCUCCCAUGAGGAAAUCAUUAGUGCAGCAAAAGCAGCCAAUAUUCAUUCCUUCAUUGAAUCGCUACCAAAGAAAUACAAUACACGUGUGGGAGACAAAGGAGCCCUGCUUUCUGGUGGUCAGAAGCAGCGCAUUGCUAUUGCCCGAGCUCUCGUACGGCAGCCCCGCAUCCUGCUGCUGGAUGAAGCCACCUCUGCGCUGGAUACAGAAAGCGAAAAGGCUGUCCAGGAAGCAUUGGAUAAAGCCAGAGAAGGCCGCACCUGCAUCGUGAUAGCUCACCGCCUGUCCACCAUCCAGAAUGCUGACAAGAUUGCUGUGAUCCAGAAUGGCAAGGUCAUAGAGCAAGGGACUCAUCAGCAGCUCCUGGCUGAAAAAGGCUUCUACUAUUCACUGGUCAAUGUUCAAAGUGGACCUCACAUCGUAUGA